AUGGAUACUAGAAGGAAGCCCUCAAGCAUGGCAGUCGAAUGUUUGGAAAUAUUUCAUGGAGUCGAUCAAACUGCAUUCAGGAUGCUGAGACAAGUCCUUAACCGUGAAGUUACACAGUCAUUGAUGGUCAUCGCAUUUCUACUGUCAAUGGAGACCAUGGGACUGAGCGGUAUUCUGCAAACUGCCAUAAAAAAGGACGGCAGGUUUAUGAACAGUCUUGCCGAGGAUUGUGUCAUCUGUUUGCAAUGCCUACUAUCUCCCGAGUUCUCAGGGGUUCUGGACAAAUCCAGAAAACUCGAAACCCUCAGACACGCGUUGAAAACUGAGCUCACCUUAUACCAGGUUCAUAGGAUAAGAUCCAUCCUCCUAACCAUAAUUCCCGAUACCCUUUCAAAUAUUUGCUCUAGAAUUCUAGGCGACGUAACAAUGGAUGCUGUGUGGUUAGAGUAUCAAAGGAAUCUUGCAAGAUUAUUGGGUUUCAACACACAUGACGAUGGCAUAUCAGUUGCACCAGAGGAAUUGAGCAGACACAACAAUGGCCGACGAAUGCAUAUGCAACAAGGAGGAAGGCAAACUGAGCAAGAAAAGGGAAAUCAGAAGUACAUUUGCAAGGAGCUGGACGAUGCGGAACAUCCAAAGACACUGACCGUAUGCUUCGGUCGAGAGUCUAUGCCCACUGCGGAUGGAAUUGCUGAGUUUUUUUGCAACUUGUUUGGUCAUGUGGUUCAAAAGGUGACAGUCAUGCCUCGGAGGGAGAAAGACUCAGGUGAUUUUGCUUUUGUUCUUUUCAACGACGCCUCAAUCCCGGGUAUUAUCAUGGAGACAAAAAUGUUGUUCAUCAUACCAUACAAGGCAUGA